GCCUGGUCAAGUGGACCCAACUGUGGUGACUGCAGAAAUGGCCGAUACAAUUACUAAAAAGUGUGAAGAGGAAUUGGAAGAAGCAGUCGCAUUCUUGGAAAAGUUGUUGUCUCUCCGGACAACAGGCGGGUUGAACAUACGGGUUCCUGCAUAUGAAAGUUUUACUAUUGUCAAAGCCGAGAUUUUAGACCCUGAACAUAAUCUGGAAAAGGGUGUAGUAGCCACUGUUGAUGACGUAUGCUGUCAGGUGUCAUACGAACUUGGAACAUAUCAUUUCUACAAGGAGAAUUACAAAAAGGCUGGGGAGCUUUUUGAAACUGCUCUCUCCCUCCAUCCAAAGGUGAGAUGCAGUGAAAAGAAAUUGGUAUGCCAUUUGGACAUGGAGCGACUAAAGGGCUUCUGUGUGGCAUGUCGUCCAGCUACCACCAAGAAAAUCACGUCCCCACUGGAAAAGCUGAAAGCUACUUUGCAUGGCAACUGCAAGGCAACAGUAUCUGUGCUUCUUGAGGACAAUGUGAAGCAAGAGAUUCCUCUGUGGGAAAGGGAACUUGCUGAAGUCGUUGUCCACCAACUUGCAGCCGGUACGGAGGUGGCUGCACAGGUGUCGCUCUGCAACUGCGUGCGCCGUGUAAUCGAUGGAGAGCUGUUUGUAUGCGGGGCUCAGGUGAACUUUGCAUCCCUUGACAAGGGCUGUGUCAUCUUCCUUAGUGAGGCACUGAAUGCUGUUAUCCCAACACUGAAUGAAAAACAAAUGGGCUUUUUGAAGAAUUUUGUAGGAUAUCUGUGCAAUGCCUCAGCGGAUGUAGCCAAAACACUUUCCUGCUCUGGUGUGAUGCAAAAGUACUUCCCAUUGGAUCAGGUUACCCCACCAGGUGAAAUACCACCAAAGAUUCCUCUAGAGAGGAUCUUCUUUUCUGCGGAAAACCCUGCCACAAAUAUAGGAAGGAUGGGGAGAGCACUUGUGGCUUCACAUGACCCAGAAGAGAUCGUCUCUCUUAUCAAAUUUUUCCAGGGUGUUUCACCUCCUGUUCGGUUGACAUCACUGUGCUCACAUUGGCAACUGACUAGAAACUUGCGGGAGUUUCAUCGGGGCCUCCCACAGCAGUGGCAAGAUCGCAUGUUUGUCCAUCUGGCAAAAGCCCUAGAGUUACGCUCCCUCAAGGUGAUUACUA